AUGCAUCUUCUUGCCGGAGCUACCAUUGUGGCUCUUGCGACCUCAUGUGUCGCCUCACCAGGCUAUCUCAAACUCGACCUACAGAGACGGAGUCCCUAUGAAGGCAGGUUAAUACGCAGACAAAACCCAGACGGGAGUGUCGACACGGUGCUGACACAAAACUCCAACAAACUCGAAUACUUGGUGAAUAUCACUGUCGGCACACCUCCACAGGAUCUGGGAGUCACUCUAGAUACCGGCUCCUCUGACCUUUGGAUUCCCGCAUCCUCAGCAAAACUCUGCAAGCAGGGCCAGUGCGACUUGGGCGACUUUGAUCCGAAUGCAUCAACCACUUACAAGGUUAUCGAGCAAGGGGGAUUCAAUAUCACAUAUGCAGCACCAGGAGACACUGACGCUGGCGACUGGGGUUCCGACACCAUCACGGUUGGAGGAUCUCCUUCUAUUGACAGCCAACAGAUCGGAGUAGCAUCUCAGCUAUUUGAUCCGCACGGAGUCAUGGGAAUUGGAUUUGACACCAAUGAAGCCAACAACGACAGUCCAAGCGGGGUCUAUCCCACAGUUCUGGACAAUCUCAAGUCGUCCGGAAUCAUCAAUCGCAAAGCCUUCAGCUUGUACUUGAACGACUUCGAAGCCACAACGGGUGCGGUUAUCUUCGGCGGCAUCGACACGACGAAAUAUUCUGGAGACCUUGUCGCCCUUCCUCUGCAGCCCGGCCCCCAGGGAAUCGUGUCCGAGUAUUAUGUCACCCUGACCAGUGUCUCUUUCACGGAUUCGACAGGGCAGACCACGCAGUUGUCGCCUCAAGGGUACUCGCAGGCUACAUUGCUUGAUUCCGGCACGACCAACACCCUUUUGACCGACGACAUCUUUACUGGAUUGGCCCUCGGAUUGGGGGCUGUGACCGAUCCUUCUGGAGAAGCCUAUCUGAUCCCAUGUAGUCUUUCCACGGCCAAUGGUACCAUUAAUUAUUCGUUUGGCGGCGACGGCGGCGUGACAAUCCAGGUCCCUGUCUCGCAGGUGGUCGGGGGUCAGGGAUACACAUCCUCCCAGUUUGACGAUCCGUCAGGAGGUUGUGUUCUAGCUUUCGGCACCCCAGCCGACAGUGGUGGCUUCAGCAUCCUGGGCGACAGUUUCUUGAGAAGCGCGUAUGCGGUCUUUGAUAUCGACAACAAGGUUGCAGCACUUGCCCAGGCAGUUGAAAAUGAAGCAGGCACGAGUAGCAUCGUUGUGAUCCCGACGGGAACAAACAUACCGAGUGCGACAGCCACUGCUACCGCCACAGGAACUCAACUCACGGCAGUUGCCGCAGAAACAGGUGUUCCAACUGCCAGUGUCCAAGGCUCGAGCAUGAUCCUCGCAGGCACGCCGACAUUCAGCUUGGCCACCUCAUCAUCAACAACAACCGUGGGGUCCACAUCUUCCUCUGCAGCAGCGAACAAUGCAGCCGUUCCGACUGCGGCUCUGCUAGGGCUGGGACUUGCGGCCGGCAUCAUGGGGCUUUAG